AAUCGCGCAUGCGCCACUCAGUCGACAUCUAGCGACGUUUAUACAGGUUUUAGCUGUACUUCCCGUUUAAAACAGUUACUGCGGGUCUUCACAGCUUCCGUGUUUACACCAACCAGCUUUCAGUUUUACUUUGGUGCAUGCAGAAACACUCUUGAAGAGAAAGGUGAAGGAGCUCGUGGCACAGAGAGAGAGAAAUCCACUCGCAAUCAUGCAGGAGGCGCAGCGGAAGGGAAGCAUGUCUCAUCCUCCUUCGUUGUCAGAUCUGAAUAUCAUGCUCUUGGGUCUGGCCGGAGCAGGAAAAAGUGCGUCGGGAAACACCAUCCUGGGUGAAAAAACAUUUGAAGAACAUAACUAUUUUACAUCGGAGAAGCGAAUGUCUGCGGCAGCGCAUGCAGAGGUGGACGGGCGAGCUGUCACCGUGAUCGACACCUCGGGACUCUCGGACAGAGAUGUGAAGACUAUGGGGCAGAUGUUACAGCACACACAGGUCGAUGUGUUUCUGCUGGUGGUCAAACUGGGUGAGGCGUUCACGAAGGAGGAACGGGAAUCUGUGACAUGGAUCCGGGAGAAAUUUGGCGCCAAGGUGUUAAGGCACUCAAUAGUGCUCUUCACUCAUGCGGAUCGGUUGAGCGAACCGAUAGAAGAUUAUCUACGAGGGUGUGAACCUCUACGGUCGCUGGUCAGUCGGUGUUCAGGAGGGUUUCAGGUAUUUAACAACAAAGACAAAGACCGAUAUAAGGUCGCUGAGCUUCUGGACAAGGCCGAGGCUCUCAGGAGGAAGAAUAGAUGCAGGAGGUACACCGAGCAGGACUAUAGGAAGGCUCAGAAAGAUCUCUGGCUCAGGAAAUGUGACGCCGCCGUAGCAGCGAUAGCAGUAGCGGCGGUGGCAGUGUUCGUUGGAGCCGCAUUGAGAGGAGGACUGUUAUCAGGAGGAGGUGUGAUAGGAGGACGAGACGGAUUCGGAGGAGCAGACGUGUUAAGAGGAGCAGGAGUGGGAGAAGCUGCUAUGAUGAUGGCAUCAGUCGCUCCACCGCCAAGAUCCACAGCUUUACUGGACACAGCAGGAGGUGCCGCUCUCCUCGCAGUAGCAUUUUGCGCUGCGCUCUAUUUUUUGGCAAGAAAAUGCCUCUCUAGAGAACGUGACGAACUCUAGCGUUGAUAGUUGAUCAAGCAGGCUUUUCUUUUGUAAAAUACUGUAUUACACUAUCCCGAUGUUAGGAGGGUUUCUGGCUAAGGAUGAAAUGCGUACGCCGGAGGAGUCUGCGUCCAGCAGGGGGCGCCGUGUCAUGAACUGAUUGCACGAACGGUAUUUUACCACAAAACUCAAGGUUUUUGUAGCUUGAACUCUGACCCCUCUCUUCGUGAAAAAAAAUGCAGAGCAAAUCAAGAGCUAAAAGUCGCCUCAAGUGCAAUUUUUUUUAAUCGGUUUGUGGAAAACCAAGGUGAUUUUAUGCACUAACCUGUAUAUCAAUCAUCCCACGUUAAGGUCAAAAUAAACU